GGACUGGGAACUCAGCGAGAGAACAACCCAGCGAUGCUUACCUCUGUACGCGUAUUUAAGGUCAGAGACAUAAGGUACCUAAUGCGGGUAUCUGUAUGUACUCAGUACCUUGACGCCGCCGGGUAAAUUCAGAAAAUACGUCGUCCAGAUGACAUCGAGCGGGUAGUCCGGGUUUCUUAUCGACUUAUCUGAUCAUGCAUUUUGGACCGGCUUCUGGACGAGGCCGAUGAAGUCCAUCCAGUUCUUGUAGUCGCGACACAAGCACGGAGGCAAACAUUUCAAACAGUCUUUUACAUAUGAUGUGGUGGAAAAAGUUCAACGUCAAAGAGCCGGCCACGACGGACGAUACCGCGCAGGAACGUCCGCGCUCGGGGGCGUCUCACGCUGAGGAUGAUAAGAAAACCUUCGACCUGAACAAGGCCUCAAAGUCCGAGAAACUGCCCGCUUCUCUACAGAAAAUAGUGGACGGCCAGGACAAGGAAGACAACUUUUACAAUGAGCUUGUCGACGGAUACGUUCCCGAGUCAACCGAAUCCAACGUCCGCUAUGCCGCCUACGCGACGCGUGUUCGCACUAUCCUGAUGUCUGCGCACCGUUAUGUAGCCUACACAUCCGACAUUGGCGAGUCCUUCCGCCCCGUUGCGCAUCCCAACCUUGUCCGCACCGCAUAUGGCAUCUCCUGGCUUUAUAUCCUCGGCGACGUCAGUCACGAGGGUUACAAGGCCUACUGGCAUAACCAGCGGAUCCUCAACCCGUCACUCCAGCUCACGGAGCAUCAAGAGAAAUUCGUUAGCCAGCAACCAGUCGAGUCGACGGAGGCGCUGCAGAUUCAGCCGGGCAAAGUCUCCCCGCUGGAGGACUACCGCACCGUCAUGGUGCAGCGGGGCAUCUUCCAGACCCUCGCAAGCAUGGGAUUGCCCGCUUUCACGAUUCAUAGUACGGUCAAGUACUCCGGGAAAGCAAUGAAGAAUGUGAAAAAUGCGAGGCUCCGGGCGUGGGGACCCAUCGGGCUCGGCCUAGCCGUGGUGCCCGUGUUGCCGUUCCUGUUUGACCAGCCCGUCGAGGAUGCGGUGGAGUGGCUGUUCUACAAGGGUUUCGAAGCUUAUGGGGGCAAGGGUUAUGUGGAGAAUGCGCCGACAACUAGGCGGGAAGAUCUCUUGUCAAAGAAGGGAGGGACGGAGAAUGAGCUAUAGAUGUCUGAGGCAUGAUUGUAUGGGAUAGAGCUGCCCACAUAAUGCGGGGCGUUGUGUAUAUAUAGCGCAUAUAGAUAGAUACGUACGUAGACAUUGUCCGCUAUGCAAGACAUAGGAAAAAGCAUCAUGCCA